AUGGAUUUCCUUACUCCUGACAAGAAUGUUUGCAGUUAUGAUUUGCGAGCUAAUGUUAAAAACACUUCGACUAUUCCUCCAGGAUACAUCCCUCCUCUCAUUCGAGGUCUUAGUUUAGAAGAUUCUGUGAAAUCCACGUCAUGGUCCACUUCAAAACACAAGCCACAUUCCUUAUAUCUGGGGAUUAAUCAGGGAUAUAAUGACAAAAGUUCACUUGAUUCCAUUUUCCCGCAACCAAAUACCUUAAAUCAAAGAACCACUGCAAACAUAUCGAAGAUAAUAACAAACGAUAAAUCACAUCGAAGUAAAUCUUCAACUGUUCCAAAUGUCAUGAAAAUUGUACGUAAAAGUUAUGAUACACUAGAUGUUGGUAGAAGUCGUUAUGAAAAACAUUUAAAAGUUGAUCCUGAACUAAUUGCUCAACAAGUCACUUUAAUUGAACUGGAAUACUUUCAGGCAAUCGAAGCAGAUGAAUUUUAUACAUUAAAAUGGAAUAGUAAAGAAAAACUACAAUAUGCUCCAAAUAUUGUUGCUUCUACAAGAUGGUUUAAUCAAAUUAUAUUUUGGGUUCAAAAAGAUAUAUUAAAUGAGAAAAGUUUAUCGAAGCGAACAGAAAUAUUAUCACAUUUUAUACGAAUAGCAAAGAAACUAGUUGAUUUAAAUAAUUUCUCAUCAGGAAUGGCUAUUGUAUCUGCUUUACAUAUGCAUUGUAUUCAUCGAUUAAAUGCUACAUGGUCUAAUUUAUCUUCACGUGAUCGUCAUAUAUUUCGAAAAUUGUCAGAUUUGUUUUCUCAAGAAGAAAAUUUUAUUAAUCUUCGUUCAGCUGUAGAUAAUUCACGUCUUCCAUGUAUACCAUAUUUAGGUGUUUAUCUUUCUGAUUUAACUUUUAUUGAUGUGGCUGCAUCAUCAUCGUAUAGUCGUCGUGAAAAUAGUACAUGGACUAAUCAAGGUAAACAAGAUCGAAUUAAUAAUAUCUUACGGAUUAUUGCAAAUUUUCAACAAUCCAACUAUCCUUUUGUUCGAAAUGAAUCCAUAGCCAGUUAUUUGGAAGCACAACGUUACAUAGAAGAACUUCAACGAUUUAUUGAAGAUGCAAAUUAUAAAUUAUCUAUUCAAUUAGAACCUUUACCUACAUCAUCUCCACCAGAUCUAUCACGUCAAAAUACUGUCCCACCAAAUUAUUCAUUUCUAAGUAAUAAUGAUAAUAUAUUAAAACCUGUGCCAAUUUAUAAUUGUACAACAAACAUUACUUCCAAUUGUGAUACAAUAACAACAACAACAACAACUACUACUACAUUGUCUUCCAUUAAAACUACCACAUUAUCAUUAUCCUGUAAAACUAUAAAUAACAAAACAACGGGAACAAGGCAUACUAACAAAGGUAAUCCAUCUAAUUCAACAGUGAAUCAACUUGAAAAACAAAUCAAAUCCAAUUCAAUAUUAUACGAUUUACUUGAACCACCAAUUAUACCUCCACCACCUCGUGUUAAACAAACAUAUUCUCAAGAAGAUAUUUCAAUGCCAUCAAGUAUUCAUUGUUUAACAUCAAACCAUUCUGUGGUGAAUUCAAUUCAACGGCCUCGAAAACGACCAACUCAUCGAAAACUAGGCAGCUGGGGAGGAUUCGGACUAUUAUUCUGUGAUAAUGAUACAACACCGACUAUUGAUAAAACUGAAAAUAAACAAAAUUUAUCUACUUCAACUACUACUACUAAUACUGGUAGCAGUAGUCAACUUUUACCUCGGUCACCACGUUUUAAUAGGAAUAUGAAAUUAUCUGUUAAUAAUGUUGAAUCUCCGAAAAAUCCCUUAUCCAAUCAGAACCAUGGAUUCAUCAACAAAUCUUCACCUACAAUACUCAAAAAAUAUAUGAAUACUACUAAUAAUAAUAAUGAUAGUAAUAUUAAUACCAAUAUCAAAACUUCUAAACAACGCAAUGGUGAUAUCAAUUUAAUGUUUGAUCAUUCAUCGUCUAAUUCUUCGACAUCUUCACCUCACCUUCUUGUAUUCACUGAUUGUUUAAACAAUCCAGAUAAUAAUAAUAAUAAUAAACAAUCAAUAAAAAAAGAGCAAAUGAUUUCUGACAAUUUAACACCUAUUUAUUCAUCAUCAUUAUCAUCACCUUCAUCAUCGCAUAAUUCUGUCAUUGAAUUACAAUGUAUUAUGGAAUCAAAAUCAAAGGAUUCACAAAAUCAAUCAUCUAUAUUCCUUCAUGAUAUAUUCAAUGCAAAAACUGCUCCUGUUACACCAUGUCGUAGAAUAAAACAACAUCAACACAACUAUACUACUAAAAUAUCAGAUACAGGAAUAUCAAAUUAUGAACAGAAAAAGUGUACAAAUAUCACUACUACUACUACUACUACUACUACUCCUGACAAUGAUAAUAAUAAUAAUAAUAAUAGUACUAGUAGUAAGCAUAAAUCUUCUACAAUGCUUGUUACUAAUACAUCAUUUAAAGAUUUCAAUAACGGACAUUAUCAAAGAAAGAAAAAUCUAUCCCAUUGUAAUGCAUCUACUGAACAUGGGAAGAAAAUCUCUGUUGCUAAACAAUUACUUCAUAAUUUUCCACUUAGUAAUUCACCUUCAAUACUCCAUCAAUCAUUGUUUAUAUCACCUCAAAAAGAUCAUUCAUUUAAUAUUUGUACUACAUCAUUAACAAAUCAUAUUGAUCCAAUUCAUUAUCGUCUUUCACAAACAUUUCCAUUUGUAUUGCCUACAUCAAAAAUAAGAUCAUCAUCGUUACAUUUACCUAAGUUAUCAUCAUAUCAACAACAAUCUCAACAUUAUUGUUCUACAAAUCUAUCUCAUUUAGCCUUAGCUGCUCUUGCAGCUGCCCAAGUAACAAUUUCUAAUAAUAAUAAUAAUGAUUAUAAACAUAUUACACAUGAUGAGAAUGUUACUUUUGUUCAUCGUCAUCAUUAUUCCCCGGUUUUAAUGUCAACAUCGAAUGUUUCUCAUUCACAAUCCUCUCCAGUAAACUCAACUUAUUUAAAUAUAAAAUUAGCAAAUAAUUUAGAAGUAAUUCGAGAAGGUCCUUUACUAUGUUGUACUACCUCUUUAACAUCAUUUAAAAUUGCCAAGUUCCAUAAUUCAUCAUCAAUCAGUAGUAGUAAUACAUCAUCAUCACCACCAGCACCACAAUUGUCAACUUCAUUUACAGAUCAUUUCAAUAUUUCCACGAUUCCAUUUUGUCAAACUCUUCAUAAUAUGAAUCCAUCAACUUUGGACUUACAAGUAAAUAAUAAUCAAUCAUCAAUAAAACAACAAAAUAAGUUAAAUAUACAUUCACCGCCUACUAUUACUGCUAAUCUUUCAUAUUCUUAUUCACAAACUUCUUUAUCUUCCAUGACGUCUACUUCGUUAUCGUCUUCCUCUUCUUCGUCUUCCAAUAAUAAUAAUAAUAAUAAUAGUAUCCAUGAUGAUGAACAAUCUACAGACUAUAGAAAUGAACAUUUAUCCCCUCAAUUAAUUUCUACUAAUUGUCAUUGUAAAUAUUUAAGAAAAUCUUUAUUUUCACGUACAUUUUAUAAAAAAUUUAAAAAUUAUUGGGCUGUACUACUUAUUUCAUUAAAUAAUAAUAAUAAUAAUGAAUAUGCUUUUUUAGUUUUAUUUAAAACUCAUACAAAACAAUUAAUUUCAUGGUCAUCUAUUUUAUCUUCACAAUUGAAUAAAACAAAAAUGUAUAAAACUCAACUUCUUUUCAACUCACCGAAUUAUUAUUCAGCUAGUCGAUGUAAAGUCUUACGUAUACAAGAUGCAUGCUUUGAUAAUAAUAAUCACAAUCAUCAACCUCCAUUGAAGGGUCAUUGUAUUCAUCAAACUGUAUUAGUUUUAGAAAAUCAUUCAAAUAAAGAAAAAGUGUAUCGAUUAAUGUCUCCAAUUGCACAAUAUUCAUGUAUACAAUCAAUGACAUGUAAAAAUUCAAAUAGAAGUUCUUCCAAAGUUAUGGAACGUGCUGAUCAAUUUGGUGUUGCAUUGAAUUCCGAUAUUCAGAUUACAAAUAAUACACAUCGUGAUCUGCUACCUUCUUGGUCAUGGACUUCUAAAACGGUGCAUCGAUUCAGUCAAGUAAUUAAACAAAAAUUUGGCACUAUUUCAAAAAUAAAUCGAAAUAAAUAUGACUUGUCAUCCAACAUAACAACAACAACAAAUUAA